AUCUACUUCUUCUUUCCUUCAACAACCUCAAAGCCUGGACAUCAUCGUCUUCCAUCAAAUCUCAACUCAACUCUCGAAUUGAGGACAAGAUGUCGGAGACCGAUGAUAACGGUAAGCAGCCAGCCGGCAUGGACGAUUCCGUUUCCGCUUCUGCCGAUUUCAAUGUCGCGGAGUUCAAGGCCAACCUGAACGCUUGCUUGAAGUCAAUCAAGAGCUCAGGUACGUUCGUAACCUUCAGACCUAUGAAGAUGGCGCCGGACCCAGGUAUCUACUUGAUGAAUGAUGCGAUGCCAAUCUCGCUUCCUCUGACAGACGAGGACGCAAAGAAAAUCAAGAUUGCAAGUCAGGCUUCACAACCCCCGAAAGGCGAGAAAAUUUCUCCCAAUCCACAAGUCUGGGAGAUCUUCGCAAAUGAUCUCGAAAUCAGGAAUGUUGAUUGGGAGCAACGUCUGAGGAAUAUUGUCUUUGCUGUCUGUUCUGGUUUUGGUCUUUACAUGACUGGCGAUGAUCGAUUGUGCCCUACGAUGAUUGAGACGCGACCUAGUGACCUUUCUGCUAAACUUUCAAAGUUGGUGCUGUGUGAGGAGGGCGGCGCUCUGCAUGAGUCCCUUGGCUGCUCUGCGAAUAUUCCUGGCACUUUUGCGACUAUCUGCAUUACGCUCCCAAGCCAACAUUCUGGCGGUGAAGUCACAGUCACUCAGGGAAGGGAAAAGAAGAGUUUUGACUUCUCUCAGUAUUCAAAAUCUGAAGAAUCUUGGAUUGCCUGGUUUGUGGAUGUGAAAUAUGAAACGGAUCCAAUCUUGACAGGUCGUCGAAUAUUCCUACAGUACAAACUUGUUCAUACUACGAACAACUCUACCAUACUAGAAGAGAAAGCCAAAAGUAAUGCCCAAAAUUCUCAAAUCCACGAUCUGUUUUCAAGCUGGAAAGAUACUUUCCACAUUGAACACCAUCCGAAGAUACUGGGUUAUGUAUUUGAACACCGCUAUCUCCGUUUCUGGGGCUGUUACACUCUGGAAGGGCAAGACUACCAUAUUGUUUCCCAUCUUCGAGAUAGCUGCGAAGAAUACGGACUAUCCCUCUACAUCGCUGAACUUGAGAUCAAAGUCUCUGGGGUUUGUGAUGACAAUGAUGGGCCUGCUACACUUGAAAAUGGCGAGGAGGCUGAGACAGAGCACGUCGGGUUCCACACCUUCGCGGAGCAACUUGAUCGACACACCGUUCUGAGAAGAAUAUAUGACCCCAAUGGAAAUGAAAUCGACCGAUGUUUAGAUUUCAAUGAGGAGUGCCUUAUGCAGGAAUAUUCAUUUGUGGACGUUCGUCCUGAUGAGGAAUAUGUGGAUCUUGACGAGGAGGGAGACCCAAUUUUCGAUGACAGCGGGGCUAUCCUCCUGCACCACAUCUACCGUAGAACAAUUGCUCUCAUAAUGCCUAAAUCCCACCAAGUUGAGUUUCGCAUAAAUCCGUACCUCGACUCCGCAAGCCAAUCUUACCAACAAGCCGAAAGAGGGACUCGAAGACCAAAAGAGGUUGAUUCAUUGAUUGAAGAACUGUACGGUGAUUUGGCUCAGAGCCCAGGUGAUCCCGGUAUCCUGCACGGCCUCGAACAAAUCUGUAAAUUGGUCAUCCGACGAUCGCAUGAUCUCAAGAUCUCCGAAACACCCCAUCUCCGGACUGAGUGGCAUACAAAAGACACGCCAUUCUUCCCAGAAAAGACGAGAAAUAGAAUAUUGUCGACUUGUGUUGAUAUUGGUAAUAAGGAAUUGUUCCUGGAAGCAUACGAUCUAAGCCCCAAGAGGCUACCACUUUCCGCCUUUCGUGACAUCGGCGUGGCGAUCGCGCGCUUCGAUAUAAAUUCGAUACUGCCAGAGUUGACUGCUCGGCUAUCCCCGGAUCUUGAGCUUUAUGAACAGUUCAAAAUCCUCCAGGCGAUCUGGGAUGGUCUGACCAGAGAAGCUUCGCGAAUGGAGAAGCGACCGGAUGAUUUCUGCAGAAGCUGGAUUAGGGACGCAAUAUUUCAAGCAGUCAGUCAUGAUAGCCAAUAUAUCGGAACAGCAAAGCAUGGAUACGCGUUGGCCUGCUGCUGUAGGAAAUUGGCAAGCUUUGCCCCUGAUGACAUAAUUACUAGGCUACUCCCCGUUGUUAAGAAGCAAAUCGAGGAACACGAUAAUGCUACCAAUACCGCCAUGGCAUUUCUAGCAUCAAUUUUCGACACCGGAGCUAUCGGAACACUAUCCACGGAUCUUGUGAACGAUGUCUACGCUGAAGUGAUGCCUGUAUUGGCGGACCGAUUUAGCAUUGGAAACCACGGCUUUUACAAGUAUGAUCGACCAGAGGCCCAGCAGAUCGACGACUUCCUGGAGAUGUUUGACCGCAGCUACCAGCUCGGGCUUUCCGAUGAACUUUGCAUAAUUGUCUCAAAGCUAACCUCCAAGUCCAUGGACAAGGGCAGUAUUGACAUCGAGCGAUUUGACACCUAUCUUCUUCCUUUGCUCAAGCGUCUCACCGCUUGGCUAUCAAAGCAGAUGGUCCUUGUUCAAGACUCGCUGGUCGAAGAUCUUUUCCAGGGUCUGUUACCAGUAUACAUCCAAAGAUUUGUCAAAGAGGAACCGCAGCCUCCUACAGAUUGGGCUCGUCCAAAGUCACUGACAAGCUGCAUUUGCUACGAUCAUGCCGCCUUCAACAAGUUUCUUCUGGACCCGGCUCGAGAAGUCGGCAGGUUUGUAAUGAGCAAAUGGCGGCAAAACCAUAUUCAGGCAGUGGUCGACAAGACCAAUUUCUAUACAGACGUUGACCGCAGUGGGAAUAAGCGCGCUCUCAUUGUCGUAAAGAACCAUCAGGAUCAUUUCAUUGCUGACCAUGAGGCAUGGCAGAAACGCAAAGCUACAGCAAUAGCGAACAUCAAGGGUCUUGGCUCAGAAGCGGAGUUAAGGGCUUUGCUUGGGGAUCUUUAUGAGUCGAUCAUAGAAGCAUCGACUGUUGACAAGAGCGCUGCAGUGAGCAUCGUAAAAGUGAGUCGUUCUCAAACAAACAAGGAGGUUCGAGGUCUUGAGAAGGUCGCCAAGCGAAGAGGAAAGAAGAGAAAGAUCAUCGACUCUAAUGAUGAGAAUACUUGGUGAUUGGCUCUUGUGUGUAUUCCAUCGCGCUUUUAUUAAGGCAAUGGCCAUGCUGGAGCUGUGGACUCAUCUCAACUUUUGGCGUCUGUCUUCUAAUGUGCUGCACACACAGGUUAAUGAGUAGGACAGCGGAGCACAUUUUCCGUGCGAAUGAUUGAUGGGGAGAAAAGAGGAGAAUUUGCUACCAAGAAUGACUUGCGCUUCAUCACAUUAGCUAGGUUCCCAUCCAUGAACUAUUUUCUAUUUC